AUGGCUUUAACUAGCUCACUAUUGUUCACCAUCAUCAUCAUCAUUGCAUUUCCAGUUUCAACCACAGCCCAACAAUCAUCCAACCGCAACAUAACUCUGGGUUCGUCCAUCGUCGCAAACGCCGACGCCAGUCACACGUGGACGUCGCCAUCCGGCGAGUUUGCUUUCGGGUUCCGGCAGGUUGCGCCUGGAGCCUUCUUACUCGCCAUCUGGUUCGACCAAUUACCUGACAAAACCCUUGUUUGGUCGGCCAACCGCGACGCUCCAGUUCCCACAGGAUCCACUGUCCAGCUUUCUACAGAUGGAUCGUUGGUGCUCAUUCAUCAGAGAAGCGGAGGGAUAUGGCGGGCUGACCCCUCUCAGCCAGCUAGGGUGGCCUACGCCGCCAUGCUCGACACCGGUAACUUCGUGCUCGCCACCAACAUUUCCUCCAUCUUGUGGGGGAGUUUUGAUCAGCCCACUGAUACCUUAUUGCCCACCCAAUUACUAAACAGAGACGUUGCUCUAGUUUCCACGGUUUCGGAGACGAAUUACUCCACCGGAAAAUUCAGGAUGAGGUUGCAGACCGACGGGAAUCUGGUGCUCAACACCGUAGCAUUCCCCUCGCCGGAUCCUUAUUGGUCAUCACAGACACAGACUCUUGAAAGCGGAGUCCGAUUGUUGUUCAACCAGUCCGGCAGCAUCAUCUUCAUCAGGCAAAAUGGGACCCUAAUCCGACCUCUAUUCAACAACUCCGAUCUAGUCGGCCAGUUCCACCAGAGACUGACGCUGGAAUACGACGGAGUUCUCCGCCGCUAUGUGUAUCCCAAGUCAGCUAAUUCAUCCAUGGCGUUUGCGUGGACAGCCCGUGGUUUUGUCCCUUCCAAUAUAUGUCAUGAUGUUAGGGAAGCACACACGGGCGGCGGUGCGUGUGGUUUUAACAGCAUUUGCAAGAUGGAAGCUGAUGGACGGCCUAGCUGCGGCUGCCCCCCCGGUUACUCUUCCAGGGGAGGCCUCGCCGGCUGCGCACCUAAUUUCGCGCCACACAGAUGCGAUCAACAAUCCGAGGAUGCUCAGGAUUUCAUUUUUGAAGAUAUUUACAACAUAGAUUGGCCUGAAGUGGAUAUUGAAGUGUGA